CGCGUGAUCUGGACUCAACGUUAGCGUUAGAUAGCGUGAGGUCGGUCGUUAACUACCCGUGAAUGUCGACAAAGCGCACUAUUUAGCACAAUUAACACAGAGAGAGAGAUAUCCCCGAGUAAAUAUGUUAUGUAGUAUGAGCGUGUAGUCCGAGCACCUUGCCUCUCGUAAAGGCACGGUGCGCCUGUUUUGUUCGCUAAGUUGGUUUCGGUGCCGCUGCUAACAGGCUAGGCGGCUAACACUCGCGCAGCGCACUAAACCAGGAAGGAGGGACCCGACGACCAGGCAGCCUGGCCUCAGAGGUUUGUCUACUUCUGCAGACAUUUAUUCUUAAAAAACACCUCUCGUCCAUUCGUGUGGAAACGGGAAAAAGGAAAGCAAUACUUUUACUGGCCUGAGAUCAAAGAUGUCAAAGCCUCCAAAUUCUCCUGCUCGGUCCCGCUCCAGAUCGAGGUCUAGGUCCAGAUCCAGGUCCUACUCCAGAUCCCACUCUAGAAGCCGCUCAAGAUCCAGAAAACGUCGUUACAGUUCUAGGUCUCGUUCCCGCUCUCGCUCGCACUCUCCGUCCUAUAGAAACUAUCCUUCUCGGGACUAUCAGAACAACAGAGGUGGCUUCAGAGGUUACAACAGAGGCUACCGUAGGCCGUACCACUACCGAGGUAGAGGCCGAGGCUAUUACCAACGCGGUCAUUACCAAAACAGAGGCGGAGGAGGUUAUGGCUAUAAGGGUAAUUGGCAGGGUGGUGGUGGUGGAGGAGGAGGAGGCGGCGGUGGUGGUGGUGGCGGUGGCGGCGGCGGCUGGCAUGAUCGUCAUCAUGACCAGGACCACCAUUCUCACAGCCCCAGGAGGGGCCGCUCACGCUCCCGUACACCCAGGAAGCGCUCGGGCAGCCGGAGCCGCUCCCGCUACUCUGAUCGUUCGUCUUCUGGACGAUCCCGCCAUUCUAGGCGCUCCAGCUACUCCUCUCGGUCCCGCUCCUCAUCCCCACGCCACCGCAGCAGCAAGGGAAAGCCCAGCAACAAGGAUGCUAAAGACAAGCCAGUUGAAAGUCAGGUUGAGAAGUCUACUCCGGAACCAGAUGGAAGCGUCAUCGAGAAGGCUUCUGGAGGCAAAUGGAUUGACUACGACGCAAGCCCCAAACCAACCAGCCCAGAGACUAAGAAAGAGGACGCUCCUUCUGGUCCUGAGGUCAAAGGGCCCAACAGUGGUGGCACUAUGUGGAAAACCAUCAGCAGUGCAUCACCUCCGGCAAAGAGCCCCACAAUCUCUGGACAAACGGCCUCGUUCAGCGGAUUUGGAUUCUUCUCAAAGGAUGAUGCCAAAACUACAGAUAAGACUGUGAUCUCUGCUGCCUUCAAAAAGUUUUUGGCUGAGAACAAAAACAAAAAGCAGGCAGCUGAAAAGGAGAACAGUCGUGAAAAGGAGCAGGUCACUGUAGAUAGAGAGCAAGAGAAAAGUGGCAAAACUGGAGAGCUCUUCAACGUCUCGUCCUUUGGUGACAUCAAGGAAGACAAGACUAUGCCUUUCUUUGAGGCUGGAGAAGAAGAGUUCCUCACAUCACACGGGAUGAAAGGGAGGGACCGUGAGGAGGAUGCUGAGGUAAAACCUGCCCUCGUAGCUCGGGACAUGUUUGGGAAAUGGGGGGACGAGUCAAGCUAUUCAACAUCUUACCCGUCCCUUAAGGAGAAAGUUCGUGUAGACCCCGAAGACGUAGACGCCAUUGAUCGCGUGGAGGAGGAGUUGUACCGAAGCCGCAAACAUAAGAAAGAGGAGAAGUCCAAGAAGAAGGAGAAGAAAGAAAAGGAGAAGGCCAGAAGGAGUUUGUCCCCACCAACUACUUCAAGAGAGAAAGACCGGCCACUGUUCCCUGGAGCUUUUCCUCCUCGCGAACAAUCGCCUGCACCGCGUCUGUUUGCAUCAAAAGAAGACUUUGAGCUCAGAAUCGCUUCUUUAGAUGAACUUCCCAGCUCCUCCCUCUCUAAAGAUCGCCACCUGCCCCGGGAGCUGCUGAAUACCACUAAGAAGGAUCCGGAAUUUCGCUCCAUUUUCCAGCACAUUCAGUCCGCACAGCUCCGUCGCAGCCCGUCUGAGCUGUUCGCUCAGCACAUAGUCUCUAUUGUGCACUACAUCAAAGCUCAACACUUCCACUCCUCAGACAUGACUCUAAGUGAGCGGUUUGCCAUGUACCAAAGAAAAGCUGCAGAGGCAGAAAUGAUGAAGCCAAGGAAGAGCCCAGAAAUCCACAGGAGAAUCGAUGUUUCCCCCAGUGCUUUUAAGAGGCACUCUCACCUGUUUGAGGAUUUGGAGGAGGCAAGCUACAAGGACCCAAGUAAAAAGUUCAAAGGCGACGUGAUGGACCUUCGCCUGGAUAUUGAAAGACGUAAGAGGUUUGCUGGGAAGGAGCGCGACUUCAAGCGUGAAGGGGCCAGGAGCCCGGAAGGCUCCCGGGGACCGAGUAGAGAGAGGUCCUCUGAGAAAUCUGGGAAGCACCACAAGAAAUCCAAGAAGGGUAAGAAGAAGCGGGAUCGCUCUCCUUCCUCUUCUUCCUCCUCAUCCUCCCAGUCCCCUUAUCCUCCACCAUUCCGAGGCAAAGAAUUCAUGGGGGAGGGGAUGGAGCACCCCGAGGAGGGCUUCAGCCACACACGCUAUCCACCGCGGGACUACGGUGGCCCUGGGGACCGAGGCCCUCGAGAUUAUGAGGGACAUGGCAUGGAGAGAGGCCGAGGCCGUGGAUUUUUCCCCAGAGUCAGAGGAAGAGGUUGGAGCAGGGGAAAUUAUCCCGGCAACAACAGCAAUGGAAACCCUGCCAACAUAAAUCCUCCAGUGCGGCCGCCCGAGGAGGAGUGGGACCCUGAAUACACCCCCAAGAGCAGGAAGUACUACCUGCACGAUGAUCGCGAUGGAGAGAAAACCUGGGUUGAUAACCGGGGCCGAGGCCGCGGCUCCUUCCCCACUCGCCGAGGACGCUUCGUGUACCGAAAGGGAGGCAGCAGUCCAAAGUGGACCCACGACAUGUAUCAGGGAGGAGAGGAGGGGGAGCUGCCAGACGACAGCCUGGAAGUCGACCAUAAAGAAGCCAAGGGCGCCGGAGAUGCGCCGAGCCUGAAGCAGUAAAGCUCUCGCUCCGUCACCUACAUGUAGAAGUCCGAUCAGAGCGGUUGGAGUGGUGAUGAAGGGGUUAAAUUUCUGUUUUCUCCAUUUUGCUUCAUCUCACCAUUUAACGGUUAACGUGUUCAGUGAGUUCUCUCUGUAGAAGUGAAAAGAGGAGCGUAACUGUUACUGUGAUUGUUUUUUUUUGUUCUUGUUUUGUUUAGGUGUAAAAUGGUGAGUUUUGAUUUGUGUUUAUCGCAUCAGCAAAGAUUCAAAAAGGUAAAAAAUGUUUCCAUGGACACGGCAAAAAAGAAAAGAGAUUGUGCCUUAGGAAAUAAUACGGUCACGUGUCCGUCUGAUAUGUUUGAAGGUGAAAGCGUGUAGGAGAAAUCUGAUUAAUCAGUUUAUUUGUUAUUUGUUUUUUUUAAAUGCAUGAGACAUUUGAUUCAUACGUUGCUCAACGGGACCAAUCCGAGGCAGCUGCCCGGCUCGCUGAUUCGCAGACGUGGCGGUCUCCCCGGGCGUUCGUCACUUCUGCUCUCUGAGCUUUUACACGCAGCUCAUCAGCAGCUGCUGCGUGUUCUCGUUGGUUUGUGGAUGUUUCCAUAGUAACAUGGGUGUCUCCAUCCGAUCCUCUGAGAUGUUUUAGACAGAAAACGCUUGAACGUUUUUCCGACGCCGUCAUAUCUGUUUAGAUAAGAGGCCACGUUUGUCUAGAUUUUUAAUUAAAAUGAGUAGUGUUACAUGACAUAAUCCAUGUAUAGAAUUAGAUCUGAAGCUUUGUAAUCCUGCAGUUUUAUUUGUGUCAAGAAAAAAAACAAACUGAAGAGAAAUGUGAAGAUUUGUGGGGGAAAAAAACAAACAUGAUGUGAUGAUUUUUAAAUGGAAUCGACCUGAACUAGCAGAACUAGUUUGACUACGUCUCGCCACGCCCUUCUCAUCCACGUUCGACUGUACAUACUGCAUGAAUCAAACAGGACUGUUUUUGUUCGGUCUGAUGCUGAAAUCUUUUUUACUGUUCAAGAGCUUUGAACUACCCAUCUUUUAAUUUUCAAUAAAUUUUUCUUUGAUUCGGGG